AUGUAUUCUGAUCGUCGUGUAUCUUUAGAUAUAGCACCGCUUGCUAGUUGGGAUUCUUGUUCCGACGAUGAGAAGACGGUUGUUGUGUUAGUUGGUCUUCCUGCUCGUGGGAAGUCAUAUAUAUCUACCAAGCUUUCAAGGUACCUAAAUUGGGUUGGAAUUAAUACACGAGUUUUCAAUGUUGGAGCUUAUCGUCGACUUCAAAUGAAGGAUUACAAUGACCAUAGUUACUUUUCCGACGAAAAUAAUGAAGGCGUAGCACUCAGACAAAAAAUUGCAUCGGAAGCAUUGGAUGACUUAAUCUCCUGGUUAACAUCAGAUGUUGGCAGGAUUGCCGUCUUUGAUGCGACAAAUACAACGCGAGAGCGUCGGUUAUGGAUAAUGGAACGGUGUAAAACGCAUAAUUUUCAAGUUAUAUUUGUCGAGUCGAUUUGUAAAGAUAAAAAUUUAAUUCAGGAGAAUGUUCUGGAAGUAAAAGUCAACAGUCCUGAUUACAAAAGUAUCGAUAAAGAAGAAGCGUUAAAAGAUUUUCUUAAACGUAUUGAACAUUAUGAAAAACGUUACGAAUCAAUUGAUGAUGAUCUGGAUAAGGAUUGGUCGUAUAUUAAAAUAUUUGAUCAGGGUAAACGAUAUCUAGCCAAUCGUAUUGAAGGUAAUAUCAACAGUCGAAUUGUCUAUUAUUUAAUGAAUAUUCGUGUAAACAAACGUACCAUUUAUCUGACACGAUGGUAUUACAAAUAUAAACGGUACUUCCCUCUACUUUUGCCUGAACCAUCAAGUUUUCUGUCGAAUAUGAUUAUACCUAUCCAUGGGCCAAAUGGAGAAGUGAGCGAGUGGCUAAUGAUUGAGUUACAAGGUGAUGUUUUGAGUAAAACAAAUAGUCCAUUAGCAGGGAAAAAUUUAGGCGAUCUGCAUUUUUCACAAGAGAAUGGCGAUCCAGUUCUCCUUAUUGGCCAUCAUGUACUUUUCGGGAAAGUAGUUGCUCUUGAAAAGCCUAUGCUUGUCACAAAAAGAAACACCACAUCUGGAAGCUUACAGUAUGAUAUCGUUUCUGUUAUUCGGCGUAAAUUAUUGUUUAAAACACGACCUAAACCGAUCAUUUCAUGUGCUUCGAAAAAAGUUUAAAAGAGCUGAUAGUAUUUUACAGAUUGACAUAAAUUAUCAUGUAAAUAUAUCCUUCAAACUACGUA